AUGCCCAAGAUAUCAAUCCUGUUGCUCUACCGGCGUAUCUUUGCGACGCAUACACUGCGCAUUGCAUGUGACAUAUUCAUCGCCAUACUGGUGGCGGAUAUUGUCAUUUGUACCGUCGUCUUGUUCUUCAUGUGUCGACCGUUCGCCGCAAACUGGGAUCCUACUAUCCCCGGAGCCAAUUGCAUGGAUAUCGUGGCGAUAUACACCUGGGGAAGUUUGCCUAAUAUUAUUUCGGAUGUGGCCAUUUUGAUUUUUCCGAUGCCGGCUGUUUGGUCACUUCAGACGAUUCUGCGGACGAAGUUUCAAUUGACCAUCACUUUCGCGCUGAGCAGUUUUGGGUUGAUUGUGUCGAUUGUGCGGUUCAAGUCAUUCUUCGUUAACCAGAGCAAUGAUUUUACAUGGAUCGGAUCUCAUCAUGGGAUUUGGGGACAGGCUGAGCCGGCUGCGUAUCUUAUCUGUGCCUGUAUCAUCACCUUUAAGCCUCUGUGCGAUAGCUGCAGAUAUAAGGGACGGCGGGACUCCGGUGGCGAGAGUUGA